UAACUUUCUUUGAUCAUGAAUAUGAAAAACCAAACAUGAAAGAAUAAAAAUUUGUAAUUAUUUAAAAUGAUUAGUUGAACGGUAAAAUUAAUCUAAUAAACGAUGUUUUAAUUAUUGAAAAUUAAUAUCGGGAAAGAUGCUGUUAAACAAGCAGAUGUGUUCCAUGUAUACAGAGAUCUUUUUUAUUUUUUGUAUAUCGAAUUUGAUAGAAUGCUUUAGUGUACCAUGCACAUUUAAUACCAUGUGCAUGUGUUGGAUUCAAGACGACGAGGAUUUCACGAAAAUGGACAUUAAUUGUAUGGGAGUACCAUUUGCCAGAUUUCCAGAUGUCUCCGUGAGUUAUGUGGCUCAAUUAGACGUAGUUGGAUCUGGAAUGCAAUCAUUAGACAAUGAUGCACUUACAAGUUCAGUUGGUGUCGAGGCUUUAGGAUUAAUGAGCAAUCGAUUGUCCAAUAUUGGCGAUAAAUCUUUUUCAGGUAUUGCGGAUAGUUUACGCUCAUUGGAUCUCAGCUACAAUGCCUUGGAGGAUGUGCCAUUUAAAGUCUUUCGUGACUUGAGGAAACUAAAUUGGCUCAACAUGCACAGCAAUCAUUUAACGUCGUUAGACGGUGACUGGGGUCACUCGAAAGACGCAUUAACAAACGCUUUCUUCGGAGAUAAUUCAAUCAUCGAGAUACCAAAAAUAUUCAGCACAUUUGAAUCUCUAGUCUGGUUGAAUCUCGACAAUAAUAAUAUCGAGGAAAUUUCAGAAGAUACUCUACCUCCCAACAUACACACUCUUAGUUUGAACAGUAAUCUCCUUAAAUCCUUUCCAUCCACGUUGAAAUUCUUGAAACAGCUCACGUGGUUAUAUCUGAGGGGAAAUGAUUUUAAAAAUCUCGAGUUACCCGAUUUUCAAACAUCAGAUUUAGAAUUGGUCGACGUGAGUGAAAAUUGUAUCGAAUGGAUUCGUACAUCAAGCUUGACCAAUCGAACUUUGAAAAUUAAAGAGUUCAAUUUGGAUAGCAAUAAGUUGACAUUGUUACCUGCUGGAAUUUUCGAUCAUCUUGAAAUCAAGAGGAUACAUCUGUCCUCGAAUUCGAUCAAAAAUGUCGACGAUGAUGCAUUUCGAGGGCUCGAGGAUAUGUUGGAGUACUUGAAUUUGGAGAACAAUGAUCUUCCUAGUGUUCCAGGAGCUGUCAGUCGAUUGAAAAAAUUGUCGUAUCUGUAUCUUGCCAAUAAUGACAUAAGGAAUAUAUCUGGAGACAUAUUUCAUGAGUUUGGUGAGAAUUUGAGAGCACUUUCAUUGGCUACAAAUAGUUUGGACGCGGUUCCAGUUGUUGCUCUUUCUAGAUGCCAAAGGUUGCUGCACCUUAAUCUCGGUUACAACAAAAUUUCUUAUAUUCAAUCUGGUGAUUUUGAAUGGGCAGAAGAUCUUGAAAUUCUCUUGCUUAGGAACAAUAUAUUGACAAAAUUGAAAGAUGAAACCUUUAAAGGAGCAAAAAAGCUGAAGGAACUCAGUUUGUCCUUCAACCACUUAACAGAACUUAGCGACGAUUGCUUCAUUGGCAUCGAGGAGAGUCUCGACAUUCUCGAGCUAAGUUUCGCUUUUGCGACUGAUGUCUUUCCUCAACGAGCUCUCAGGCCUCUUUCCAAUCUGCUCUGGCUUGUCUUGGAUAACAAUAACUUUCAGACCAUAGAUGCAACCGCGUUCUACUCUUUUCAACGAUUACGCUACAUCAAUCUGGAAUCGAAUCGACUUCAUUAUCUACCAGAACGAAUAUUCCUGUCCAGUGUGCAUCCAGAAUUGAGAGAUGUGAAGCUCGGUUACAAUUUUCUCGAAGCCAUUCCAGAAUUCAGUUUUCACAAUUUGACAGAAUUAAGAUCUUUGGAUUUGACUGGAAAUAGAAUAAAGAUUCUCAAUUCUGACUCGAUCAUGGAUUGUCCGGAAUUGGUGACGAUUUCAUUGGCUUAUAAUCGUAUCACCAAAAUGGAGAAAAACGCUUUUUACGGUUUAUCCAAUUUGCGCUUCCUUCAUUUGGAAUUUAAUAAAUUAACCACGUUGGAUCUAGAUGCAAUCUCGGAGAUAGGUGGUCCAGAUUUUGCUCUCAAUGUUUCUUAUAACGCAAUUUCUAUUAUAAAUUCAGGAGGAUUGAUGAAUAAUUUGACGAGACUCGAUUUGAGUUUUAAUAAUAUUAGUCAUCUGCCAGCGGAUACGUUUUAUGGCACCCCAGAUCUGAAGAUCUUGGAUCUUCAAAGUAAUUUCAUCGUUGUUCUCGAACCAGGUACUUUUACACUAAGACACUUGGAAACGUUAAAUAUACGGAACAACAAGAUAGAAGGUUUAAGAAAACAAUCUUUCCACGGCUUAGAAUUGUUGCAACAAUUAGACUUGAGCGAAAAUCAAAUUGCACAAUUGCUCACCGAACAAUUUCGUAAUUUGAAGAAUCUACGAAUCUUAAAUUUAUCCGGAAAUAAAAUAAGAUCUUUACCCAGAGACGUUUUCGAAGGAACAAAAUUGGAAAUUCUUGAUCUGAGCAAUAAUAAAUUUACCGUGGUACCGUCGCCAUCUUUUCUCGAGGUUGGUUAUACGUUAAGGGAUCUCAAUUUGGCGGACAAUUUCGUGGAUCAUCUAGAUUCGACUGCCUUUCCAACUUCCCAAUUGGUUUCCUUAAAUUUGGCUCAUAACAGGCUAACAAUUCUGCCAGAUAAUUCGUUCGUCUCUUUGGGAAAACUUUUAAGCCUGAACGUGUCUCAAAAUGUUCUUCAGGCGAAUUUUAAAGAGCUGUUUCAUUAUUUGCCCGGACUGAGACAACUCUAUUUGGCUAAUUGCGGACUUAAAGAUAUACCUCUUCUUCCGUUGAUGAAUUUAAACGUUUUGGAUUUAUCAUUUAAUUAUAUAGACUCAACACCUGACAAACAAUUUCAAUAUUUGAAAGAUUUGAAGAUUCUGUUGUUCGUGAACGAUUCACUGACCUCUAUGCCUAACGUCAAGUUGAAUCUGUUGAGAGAACUUGACGUGUCAGGAAAUCCAAUAGAGGUAUUAAUGAAGGAGAGUUUUCUGGGUUAUCCAAGAUUAGAAAAGUUGAACUUGCGAAAUCUGAAUAAAACUAAAUCGGUGGACAAAGACUGCCUUCGUGUCUUAAAAUAUUUGAAGCAUCUUCGAAUUCAAACGUGGCCUGAAGCGGAUGGUUUUCACCUUCGACCCCUUUUAACCGGAUUACCGUUGAGAACUGUGGAGAUACAAGUGACGGAGCAUUUGCUGAAACAUCAAAUACAAAAUGCUUUCACGAAGCAGUUGAGAGAAUUAACUAUUUCAGGGAGUGAUCUCGAAUCAAUUUCCUCGGAAGCUUUCUCUACUAUCGAAGGGGGUGAACUAAUAUUGAGGAUCAGAGAUACUCGAGUCCGUCGAUUGCAGUCCGACAUGUUCCUCUCCUUGACGAAAAGACUCUCUCAAUUAACAUUAGAUUUGAGGAACAAUCACAUCAAUGAGCUUAGUCCUUCGGUUAUUUAUGGGAAUCUUUCGUGGGAAAGUGUUGGGACCAAUAUGGUUGCUGGAGGUUUACAAGUGUCAGGAAAUCCUCUCGAAUGCGAUUGUGAGAUAGCUUGGCUCAGCUUAUGGUUGCGAAGAUGGCUUCGAGAAUCUCGACAAAUCCACACUGCUUCGCAAUCGGAUGCUCGACAAUUAAGAACAAUUGCUGGAAGAGCUGUUUGUACCGAAACCACCCCAUCUUAUUCCUCUGAUAAAGUUCUGUUAACUUUAGGAACUCCUCACACUGCCUGUCAAGCCUCUGCCCUUAGCUCUGGUAAUUAUGAGAGAUUGGCCACUACCUGGUUAGCCAUUGUGGACAUUAUUCUCCUAACAAUAGUGGCUUAUUAA